UCCCUUUCUCCAUUGCACGUGCAGAGCGUGAUGGGUAGGAGGAAAGGCAGCAGCUACCUGGGUUAGCAAGACGUGCAGCAGGGAACAGCAGCGGCAGCAGCUGCACACACGGAGAGUGACGUGUCACUCUCACACCCCAAGGUUCUGGGGGUGUGAUGACGACGGCCAGUGGCGGCUACGUAACAGACAUGCCAGCAGCGGCAGCGGCGGCGGCGGCCACGGCAGCGGCGGCGACAGCGGCGGGUGGCGGUAAUACCGGCGGGGGUAGCGGCGGGAGUACUCAUGAUUCACCGUCACCUUCGUCGAGUUCACCAGCGUCGUCCUCCGAGGGAGGGUUGACCACUACCACCACCACUACCACAACUACCACCACUACUACCACCACUACCAGCAGACACAGCGCCUCGUCACAGCCCUCAGCCACCACCAUCACCAACACUACGCCCCUCCUCACCAUAGUGCCCGCCCUCCACGCCAGCCCCACCAGGGCAGACAGUGCGUCUCCUAGCGGCAGCCUUGACGAUACUACGGGGAAUGGCGUGGGCGCCACCACCACCACUCACCUCACUGCUCAAGUGGUGGUCGCCAGUUCGGCCGGAGCUACAUCGUCUACGGGGACUCCGUCAGUGUCGCUGUCGAAGGGGACGCUCUUCUCUGACUCCCCGCACAUCAUCAUCGGGACAGAGGGUAGCGCGUCCCGUUCCUACACCUCACUAACCCCUGUCAACCCGGGUCUAGUAUCCGAAGGCGAUGGGUCUCUGGACUCAAGUGGCGGUGUUGGUGUCCAUGGUGCCUAUGUCCAGUACGUAGACGCCUCGCCAGACCCUCUCUAUUCUUCCACUAAUGGACAGAUGGCAUACCCAGUGUACACCGUUGGGGACACGACUAUGUACUCAGCUGGCACCACCUACUAUCAGCCUGGCUCUACCACACCUGUAACUUACACUCAGGUGAGUACCUCAUGUAAUGAGCAGUAUACCAUAUGCUAAUUUUUUUC